AGGAAGAGCCAAAGAGGGAGGCAGUGAAAGAGGAAAUCAAUCAAGCAAAAAUGUACUGAACUGAAGCAGAAAUCUAUCCUCAAACAAUAAAUAAUACAGAACACACUCAGACACUGGACCCAAAAGCAACCCUCUCCAGGACCCAAGCCUGAAAAAGCCUUCAUACAUAAAGGCGUGCCUGUCCCUUUAAGAAACAUGACACAGGAAGAAACUGAAAGUAGAUUUCAUUCCUGGGAAACCACCGUGAUCUCUUGUCCUCAUUCUUUAUCCUUUACAGACUAACAACAGAGAAAUGGCCUCCAGCAGCAGUCUCUUAUCGGAGGAGCAGUUUCUUUGUCCCAUCUGCCUGGAUGUGUUCAAUCGGCCAGUUUCCACUCCAUGUGGACACAACUUCUGCAUGUCCUGUAUCACGACCUACUGGACCAACGCACUGGUCUGCCAGUGUCCCGUCUGUAAGGCAGCUUUUGAAAGGAGACCAGAUCUCAAGGUCAACACUUUCAUUUCAGAGCUCGCAUCGCAGUUCAUGUCACUUCAAGUGACAGAGGCUCACAUCUGGAGCCCAGACCAACAGCAGGCUGGCUGUGGCGGUGCAGUGCUGUGUGAUAUUUGUACUGACACCCAGGAAGAGGCUGUCAAAACCUGUCUGGAAUGUCUCACUUCUUACUGCAACGUUCAUCUAGAGCCUCAUCACAGGGCUGCCGGACUGAAGAGACACACGCUGGUUGAACCCUUGACGAGCCUGGAGGAGAAGACCUGCAAGGAACAUAUGAGACUCCUGAUAUUCUACUGUAGAAGCGACAAAGUUCUGCUGUGUGAGGUCUGCGCCAGCUUGCGCCACGCGAACCAUGACGUGGUUCAUAUGCAGCGGGCGUACGCAGAGAUGAAGGUUCUGCUGGGGGACACGGAGGCCAAAGUGCAGCAGAUGAUCCAGGAAAGGCUGCAGAAAGUCCGAGCCAUGAAGGAGUCAGUAAAACAAAGCAAGACGGACACCAUAGAUGUGAUGGCAAACAGCGAGCAGGACUUGACGGCGCUGGUCUCUGAGAUUCAGAGAAGCCAGAGGGAGCUCGUAAAGGUGAUGGAGGAGAAGCAAAAAACUGCAGAAGAACAAGCAGGUGGGUUUAUUGGCAGUAUGGAACGAGAGAUCACUGAGCUGCAGAGGACAACAAUGAAGCUGAAGGAGUUAAAACAGACUAAAGACCAGCUUUCUUUUCUCAAGAACUUCCCAGAACAAUCCCUCCUACCGCACACAAUGGACCUGUCCACAUUCAGUUUUACCAGACACGUGGAGGUUCAUCACAUACGGAGAUCUUUAAGCAAAUCGGUGUCUCAGCUGCGAAUUCUGCUAAAUAAAAUGAACACAGAAAUCCAACAAUUCUCUAACGGCACAGACGUGUCAGACAAUGCGGCGCUGAGAUACAUGCAGCAAUACGAAGAGGACGUUCUGCUUGAUCCUGACACAGCUCACCCUCUGCUCAUUAUAUCCACUGAUCGGAAACAGGUGAGGUACAGCAUGGGUUCUGGUUUGUGGGGGAACCAGAACUUCAACCCGAACAUGUUUAUGGAACAUCUUGCGGUUCUGGGGCAGAGGGGCUUCUCGUCACAUAAGUUUUACUUCGAGGUGUUCGUGGGUAAAAAGUCAGAAUGGUGUCUGGGUGUGGCCGCUGCGUCGGUCCAGAGGAUAGGGGCGCUUUCACGGAGCCCUCACAGUGGACUCUGGGCCAUCUGGUUCCUAGUUGAUAAGUUUGAGACCUUCUGUUCACCAAACGUGCCAGUACACUUGGGUAAGGUGGAGAGGGUCGGCGUGUUUGUGGAUUAUGACGGAGGGCAAAUCUCUUUCUGUGACGUACAGACGGCAACACUUAUUUACUCAUUCACAGAGUGUCUGUUUGCUGAAGAACUGUACCCGUACUUUAAUCCUUGUGAUAAUGAAUAUGGUUCAAACUUGGAGCCGAUGAUAAUUGUUCCUGCAAGUCGUACAGAGUGAACAGAGGCUUCAGAGCCUUUGUGGGUUGAUUACUAUGCAAGUGAUCAACACUUUUUUUAUAAGGCAAAGAUUUUAUUUGUUUGAUUAAUUAUUUAUAUUUUAGACAGUGUCAAUUUCCAGAGCACCAAAGGUCUUAUAUUAACUCAGCUUAUACAUUAUCAAAAUACACCAACAUGCAUCUGCACUCUUCACUAAUGAGUAAGUAGUCUAAGUCCACACACCUGUGUAAAGGUGAACCCAGCACAUACAAACACAUUCUGCAAUUAGGUGUUGUUUUGGCAAUGAUGUUCCACAAGACAGUUGCGUUAGAGGACUUCUCUGUAUGACUUUUUCAACCCUUCACGCAGACUUUCUGUGACUUUGCUCAAGGGAAUAACCCACACUGCUAAGCGUGCAAGGUUAAAAUGGCGUUAUCAGUGUAAUUCCCCAUUGCAAAGAGAUUUUCCUUUGAAGUAUAAAAAUAAAAAACAUGUGGGGCUGCAUCGAAUAAUAAUCGUUUUGUCUAUAAAAUAUAAAAAUCCCAGAGCUGAGAGCAUAUUAAGUGCAUCAUGGAAAUCAAAGAAAAGCAUUAAAACAUCAAAGUAGUUCCUGAAUAAUUUUAUAGCUAUCGAUUAAUCAACCAGUUGUCCUUUAACCAGCUCUGUUGUUGCCCUAUUACAGGACAACAUGACUUCCACAUCCAGAUCUGUCACAAAUGAAAUAUCAGCCUCACACUUCUUCCAUCCAGGUAAUGUGAUCUCACAAAGUGCCCUUCCAUUCGUCAGACAGCUCCCUGCAUUCAUGAGUUAUGAUGAUGACGUACAU